AUGUCAAUCCCACAAGAAUGCACUGUUUUGGUAGUAGGUGGCGGGCCUGGCGGGUCUUAUGCUGCCUCAGUUCUGGCAAGGGAAGGUAUUUCCACCGUCUUGUUGGAAGCUGAUUUUUUCCCUCGAUACCAUAUUGGCGAGAGCCUACUACCAUCUACAAGGGAAUUCUUAAAAUUCAUAGAGGUUUAUGAAAAAUUCGAAAACCACGGAUUCAGACAUAAGAAUGGGGCAUCUUUCAGCUACAACAGCAAGCCCGCAGCAUACACAAACUUCCUUGCGUUUGGAGGACAUGCUUGGAAUGUUGUUCGUUCUGAGUGCGAUCAAAUUCUUUUCGAGCACGCUAAAGAUAGUGGGGCCAAAGUAUUCGAUGGAGUCAAAGUCAACGCGGUCGAAUUCAAGUCAAUUGGCUGCCAGAAAGGCCAUGGUGAUUCGGAGCCAGAACGUCCCGUGUCAGCUUCCUGGAGAUUCAAGGACAAAAGCGCCAGUGGUACGAUAAAGUUCGACUACCUAGUGGAUGCGAGUGGCCGAGCUGGUCUCAUCAGUACCAAGUACAUGAAGAACCGCAGGUAUAAUGAGGGUCUCAAAAACAUUGCUACAUGGGGAUAUUUCAAAGAUGCUGGGACAUAUGGGAAGGGUACCCCUGCAGAGGAUGGAACUGGUUGGGCGUGGUUUAUUCCUCUGCAUAACGGCACAACUUCUGUUGGCUUGGUGAUGCAGCAGACCAGCUUCGCAGCAAAAAAGAAGGCGAUGAAGUCACCGAAUACGAAGGACUUCUUUAUGCAGAACGUACAUGAUGCCCCAAUGAUCUCUGAACUAAUCGAAAAUGCCGAGCUUGUUUCGGAAAUCAAGUCUGCCACCGACUGGUCAUACAGCGCCACAAAAUACGCUUGUCCCUACAUUCGCAUUGUUGGAGAUGCAGGGUGUUUCAUCGACCCUCUGUUCUCUUCGGGAGUACAUUUGGCAUUGACUGGAGCUCUAUCUGCUUCUGCCUCAAUCUGCGCGGCGAUCAAAGGAGACUGCAGCGAAGAGAUAGCAGCUAACUGGCACUCGGAGAAGAUCAGAGAGUCUUAUACGAGGUUUCUGCUUGUGGUAACCAGUGCAUACGCCCAAAUUACAGGGCUGGAGAGUCCUGUAUUGAAUGAGUAUGACGAAGAAAACUUUGAUCGUGCUUUCAGCUUUUUUCGACCCAUUAUCCAAGGAACCGUGGAAGUAGGUGGAGAAAAGUUAAGUACAGAAGACGUGGCCAAUUCAGUGGAAUUCUGUAUGCGCGUGAUUCGCAAGGUAGACGGCACUAUGAAAAUGUUCACAAAUAGAGAGGAGCUGGGCAAAGAUAAGUUGGGCGAGCUAACCUGUGAUCGCAUCAAGAAAGAGGAGCUCAAGUUGGAUCUGAACAAAUUUCGCGAUGAUAUUGUACAAGGGAUGACGGUCAAUCUUCAGCAAGGGGCCCUUGGACUAAUUCAAGCUGCUUCAUAA